AUGGCUACAGCAAUGGUUCUCGAUCCAAAACCCUCAUCGGACCACCCACCUCCAACCCGACCCAUGCCUGGAUUCGACCCAUCCUCCUCCUCGGACCCGGACGACGACCUCUACUCCCGCCUUAAAUCCCUUCAACGCCAACUGGAAUUCAUCGAAAUCCAAGAAGAGUACGUCAAGGACGAGUUAAAGAAUCUUCGCCGCGAGCAUCUGCGGGCCCAGGAAGAGGUGAAGAGGAUCCAGUCUGUGCCGCUUGUUAUUGGCCAGUUCAUGGAGAUGAUCGAUCAGAACAACGCUAUUGUGGGGUCCACCACGGGAUCUAAUUACUAUGUCCGUAUUCUCAGUACGAUUAAUAGGGAGCUCUUGAAGCCGUCGGCCUCGGUGGCGCUCCACCGCCACUCGAAUGCUCUCGUGGAUGUGCUUCCACCGGAGGCAGAUUCGAGUAUCUCGCUGCUUAGCCAGUCGGAGAAGCCGGAUGUUAAUUAUAAUGAUAUUGGAGGAUGCGACAUUCAAAAGCAGGAAAUCCGUGAAGCUGUUGAGUUGCCUUUGACUCAUAAUGAAUUGUACCAACAGAUUGGCAUAGAUCCUCCUCGUGGUGUCUUGCUGUAUGGUCCUCCUGGCACUGGGAAAACAAUGCUUGCUAAGGCUGUUGCUCACCAUACGACUGCAGCCUUCAUUAGAGUAGUUGGCUCAGAAUUUGUUCAGAAAUAUUUGGGCGAGGGCCCUCGAAUGGUUCGUGAUGUUUUCCGGCUCGCAAAAGAAAAUGCACCUGCUAUUAUUUUCAUCGAUGAGGUUGAUGCAAUUGCUACUGCUAGGUUUGAUGCUCAAACUGGAGCUGACAGAGAGGUCCAGCGAAUUCUCAUGGAAUUAUUAAAUCAGAUGGAUGGCUUUGAUCAGACAGUUAAUGUAAAGGUUAUUAUGGCAACUAAUCGAGCUGACACUUUGGAUCCCGCACUUCUGCGUCCUGGAAGGCUUGACCGGAAAAUUGAGUUUCCUUUGCCUGAUAGGCGUCAAAAGAGGCUCGUGUUUCAGGUUUGCACAGCGAAAAUGAAUUUAGGUGAUGAAGUGGACUUGGAAGACUACGUGUCUCGGCCAGAUAAAAUUAGUGCUGCUGAGAUUGCAGCUAUUUGCCAAGAAGCAGGAAUGCACGCAGUAAGAAAGAACCGGUAUGUUAUACUCCCCAAGGACUUCGAGAAGGGUUACAGAUCCAAUGUAAAGAAACCCGACACUGACUUCGAAUUUUACAAGUGA